CUCUCUCUCACUCUGUGCAAAGUUUUGUCCUUUCAGAAGAGGAAGAAGAAGAAGAAGAUGACCCCAUUAACUCUUCAUAUUCCUUCCCUCCCACACAGCUGCAAUUCAAUCGCCUUAUCUGCCUCUGUCUCUCUGUCUCUGUGCAGAGCAGUACUGGCCCUUUCCAACUACCGCUGUUAAAUUAAAGCUCCCACAUUUAUUUGACAGAGCAAUCGUACAGUGGCUCUCUCACACUCUUCCCGAUGCCUCGUUGUUUGCAGUUAUGAGCAAAUUAGAGCCGACAAGCUCCUCCCCUCCUCUCCCUUCCUCUUCCUCCUGCUCCUCGUCUUCGUGGGAAGUCGUCUGUCUGGAGAUAUUCCUCAGAUGGGUCAUGGGCACGGUUUGUCUGUCUCCCCCUGCGACAAUUAAUUCUGUGCUCUGAGAGCUCCAAUCCAAAGUUGUGACCUUUUCCUCAAUGGGUGUGUCGGGGUUCAUCGUUCUUGUGGUUCUUUCAUGGAGCUUGUCUGUUAUCCCGAGGACCCACCAGCUGCAAGCUUCCCAAACUCAGGUUCUUCUCCAGCUCCGGAAACAUCUCGAGUACCCACCUGCAUUGGGUGCUUGGGGGAAUUACAGUGGAGACAUCUGCAGCAUUCCGUCUUCUCCGCACCUGACCCUCACCUGCGAAGGGAACUCGGUCACGGAGCUCAAAAUCAUGGGGGACAAGACCUCCAAGAUUGUUGACUUCAGUGGCUAUGGAGUCCCCAACCAGACUCUCUCCGGAGCUUUCUCUGUUGACACUUUUGUCACUACACUGACCAGGCUGACCAGCUUGAGGGUGCUCAACUUGGUGUCUCUGGGGAUCUGGGGUCCCAUCCCAGAUAAGAUUCACCGGCUCUACUCGCUCGAGCUCCUCGACUUGAGCUCGAACUACUUCUUUGGCCCCGUCCCCGGCCAAAUCUCAAGGCUCAGCCGCCUCCAAAUUCUGGCCCUUGACGGGAACUUCUUGAAUGGGACAUUGCCCGGAGGGUUGGAUUCUCUGUCGAACCUCACUGUCUUGAGCUUGAAGAACAACCGGCUCGUGGGUCCGUUCCCACCAUCGAUUUCUAGGAUUAGUACACUCACUAACAUUGCCUUGUCUAAGAAUGAACUCUCCGGCAAAUUGCCCGAUUUGGAUGGGUUGGCUAACCUCCAUGUACUGGACUUGAUUGACAAUCACUUCGACUCUGAGCUGCCCAUUUUGCCCAAGGGGCUGAUCACAUUGCUCUUAAGUCGCAACUCGCUCUCGGGCAGUAUUUCCAAGCAAUUCGGGGAACUGAAUCAGCUGCAACACCUUGAUGUGUCCUUCAAUCUUCUGACCGGGGCGCCCCCCUCGGAGAUUUUCUCUCUGCCAAACAUUAGUUACUUGGACCUGUCUUCGAACAUGCUGAGCGGGCCCCUCCCUGGGAACCUACAUUGUGGGAGCAAGCUCGGGUUCGUGGACAUUUCAAAUAAUAAGUUAGUUGGUUUGCUUCCUUCUUGCCUGAGCACUGCUUCCUCGGACAAGACAGUGGUUAAAUUUGGAGGAAACUGUUUGUCGGUUGAUGGCACGAGCCAGCAUCACGAAUCCUACUGUAAGGGUAAUGGAGCUGCGAGGAAGAAACCUUUCUUAGGAAUAGAAUUGGGAGUUCGGAUUGCAAUCGUUGGCGGUGCCGCUCUUGUUAUUACGAUUUUUGUGCUCGGGCUUAUUUGCUUCUGCAGAAGGUCCCAUUCGAAAAGGACUUUCGUGCAGCAGCAUCAUUUGCCAAAAAUUAGGCAGGACAAUUCUCUAACCGGCAUGGGGGUCUCCUCUGAAUUUCUUGCUAAUGCUAGGUUCAUUGCUGAAGCUGCAAAGGUCGGGACACAGGGCAGCCCUGCACAUAGAUUGUUUCCAUUAGAAGAGUUGAGGGACGCUACCAACUAUUUCCAUCCGUCGACCUUAAUGGGUGAAGGGUCCACUGGGAAGCUUUACAAAGGAAGACUAGAAAGUGGGACUCAUGUUACCAUACGAUCUCUAGCCUUGAAGAGAUGUUCGAUUCAUAAUCUCAGGCUCCGUCUGGACUGGCUCUCUAAGCUCCAGCAUCCACAUUUGGUUGGGCUCUUGGGCCACUGCAUUGAUGGCGAAGACUCCACUGCCAGAGUCUAUCUUGUAAAUGAAUUUGUUCCGAGCGGGAAUUAUAGGACCCACCUGUCAGAGAGUUUCCCCGAGAAGGUUCUGAAGUGGUCAGACCGACUGGCCAUUCUAAUUGGAGUGGCCAAGGCCGUUCAUUUCUUGCACACAGGUGUCAUUCCUGGUUCCUUCAAUAACAGGUUAAAGACGAAUAAUAUAUUGCUCGACGAGCAUCGUAUUGCAAAGCUGAGUGAUUAUGGGAUGUCUAUCCUCACUGAUGAGAUCGAGAAGCUUGAGGCAAAGGGAGAUGGCCCCAAAUCGAGGUGCAGCUCGAAAAAGAACUUGGAGGAUGACGUAUACAACUUUGGAUUCAUAUUGCUUGAGUCACUGGUUGGGCCGAUAGUAACUGGUAAAGGAGAAGCCUUUCUGCUAAAUGAGAUGGCAUCAUUCGGAAGCCAAGAUGGUCGGAGACGAAUCGUGGACCCAAUCGUGCUAAUGACUUCCUCACAAGAGUCGCUGACAAUUGUAAUAUCGAUCACAAAAAAAUGCAUACAUCCCGAUCCGUCUUCUCGCCCUUCUUUCGAAGAUGUCCUCUGGAACUUGCAGUAUGCAGCUCAGGUCCAGGCAGCUGCCGAUGCCGAGCAACGAUCAGAUGCAACUUCUCAAUCCUAAGAAGUUUCUGCAGGAAAUGCCACUACAAAAGAAAUCAGAGUUAGUGAAAGCCAUUUUCGAAGAUCCCUCCUGUACAUACACAGGUGCGCCAUUUGAGUUAUCGUAUGUCAGUGUCGUUAUGUGAGAUUGUAAAAGUUGUAAAUGUCUGAAUUGAUGAGUUUCCUGAGCAUAUUAUAGGCCGAUAUAUUCAAGAUUAAAUGCAGCACUGCAAAGAGCAAGAACUUCAGUUUUCCUCCGAGAUGCUUAUCGCACCGAAAGACAGAGAUAUCUUAACUCGAUAGCGUGU